UGGACAACUCCAGUACAAUUUCAGCCACGUUACGAAAUUAACGCACUUUCCCAUUUUACCCUCACUCGUCGCUCUCCUCCCCUUCGCCUCUCGCCGGCCACCACCUCGACCACCUCGCCGGCCACCACCUCGCUCACCUCGCCGGCCACCACCACGCCGGCCUGGCGGCCACCAUCACUUCCCGUCGCCGCCAUCAUUCUUCCGCCUCUACUCACACCCGUCGUCCACUCGCACCCUGCUCCACUCACACCCCGCGUCCAAGGUCAAAGUUCAGAUUUUUGCUCCGGGGGCGAGCUUAUGGCGAUGGAGGAGCUGGAUCCGCGUGCGCCUGCUUUGGAUCUGGCGACGGAGGUGGUGGAUGCGACGUUUGAAGUACACAUGGGCGGCGGCCUGCUCCCCGCCGCGGCAUGGAGGUCGAGGGGCGGCGCGGCGCCGAGGCCGAGCCUGGUGGUGACGCGGACGAUGAACGAGGAGGUGGUGUACGAGCUGCGGCAAGCCACGCUGGUGAAGGACCUAGGGGCGGCGGGCGCGGGAGGCCAAGGCGGGCAGGCGCUGCUAGUGGCUGGAGCAGCUUGAGCAGGAGGGCACGCCGAGCUCGGCUGGGGCCUCAUGAGUUGGGCGGCAUCUGGCGCGCAGGGUCAGUGCGCCCUUCGCCGCCCUCCUCGUGGUGUCCGUCCUUGUCCUCGUCGUCUUCACUGGCCGCUUCCUGCAGGGCCCCGACGCUUCCUCGUGAUUCACCCCGGUACAUGUGGACGACUCCACACCCCGGACAGUCUCCUCCACGGACCAAGACUUGGAGACAUCUGAUUCAUCAAAUCAAGAAGGGGAGGGGGGUGACCAAAAAAUUGCUAGCUGUUGGUGAAGUGUCAUUUUCUCACAAUAUAAGACAUCCGGACUCUAUCCUUGGUGGUCGAGCAGCCUUAACUACGGCUGAAUAAUUAUGUUGAAGCUUGCUGUUGUGGUCAUGCAACUAUUUCCAGGUAUGAUCUAAUGACUCGUCGGAAAGAAACCUGUCACAAAGAGCCUUUUAGCUUAACCCUCGUUACAUGUGGAAAUUUGGGUAAUACUUUGAAAUUUUGGAUGUGUCCUGGUUGCAAUUUCCUGAAACCAUACAGGUGUAGACUACAAUGCUUUCUGGUAGAAAACCAUUAAUAAAAGAAUAGACAAAUUGUUAUUCUAUUCUGUUCUACAAAAACAGGGGUAAUAGAAUGAAUUGGCUUAUUCACAUUUCACAUUCAUUUUAGCUAAUCAUUCUGCCAUUUAGUGCUCCAUAUCAGUGUGCAAGCUUAGUAGUGGUUUAUUUUCAAUCAUUUAUUUGAAAUGUCAUAGGUCAAGUUGUUUACAUGCUGCCGGAGUCCUCUGCUAGUUAGUGCCGACUGUGAUGAUGUUAACUUGAUAUUGCAUAUGUUUAUUUGCUCAGAACCAUUGGUUAGGACACUACUCAGAACCAUAGGAACAGUAUGUCAGAGUGUAACAGAUUAGGCUUUUGAUGCUUUCCCCACUUCUGCCUUCGAUAUCUUCAAAUACAAAAGUUUGCAGGCUUUGAUCCAUUUGAAAGGUCAACUUAUUUUGGACGACAGUUUG